AUGACUGGUAGCAGCAGAUCGCCGAGCCGGAAAUCGUUCGUCUGCCAACUCUGCGGCAAAAGCUACGUCUGGAGAGUCUCUUUGUGCCGGCAUUUGCGAGAGGAGUGCGGCAAACCACCGCAAUACAGUGCGUUACUUGUAAAACAGCCGUUGUGUGCCACAUCUCAGAAGAUCGACUCGAAAGAUCGACCUGGAAAACGUCGCAAAACUACCUCCGCCAGUGAAUGUGGAUACUCGCAGAAGAGGCGCUCCUUGCCGCAAAGCCAGGACUGCCUGCCGAAGCCGUUUCCCUGCCAUAAGUGCGGCAGAGCUUAUAGGAACAAGGGCAGCCUGAAGCGUCACUUGAACGACGAGUGCCACAAGCAGCCGCAAUACAUCUGCGAGAUUUGCCAUCGGGGCUUCAAGCAGAAAGCCAACUUCAAACGACAUGCCUUCACCAUCCACGGCAUCUCCUUCGUGGAUACUCGCCCGCCUCGGGACAGUCGCGUUGCGGUGAUACGGCCCAAACCGCAUCGUCCGCAGUGAAGGUGGACAAGCGUUCAAACCGCUCAGCCAUGCAAGAGCGAUCGAACAGUUUCGAUCUCGACGGGACUCAGCACUCAAGAUAUCCGAAUAACCGUGAAACUUUGUGUCGGAUGGUAGAUAAUCCCUGAUGUUUGGCGAUACAGGUUAUUGUGUCGACUGCUAGAUAUACAGCAAGGGUCCAUUAAUUAUGACCCAAGUUCGGAAGUUAACGUUUGUUACGGUCGGUCGCUUCGGUCGGGUAAGUCCUAGAAAAUCUCAAGUGGGAGAGACGUGUCAACAAGGUCGUGUGAGUAGCUAUUCUAUGAUUGGCUGGCAUAAUUCCUAUUUGUACGAAAACUGUGGUGCUUAUUAUUACCAUUGUUGUAGACAAAUUUGGAAGGGGGGGGGGGACGAUCACCGACGUUGAUAUUUGAUAUUUAUACCUCAAAAACGACAUCAGUAUGUAACUUAUUUCAAAUAAACCAACUAACAAUAGCAUUACAUCAAUGUUUUAAUUUAUUACUUAAUAAUAAGCGCAAUAUAACAUGCAUUGUAUAUAACAGUUACAUUUUUGAGUGGGAAAUUAUAAUAUCGUUGUAAUGUUACUGUUACAAAUGUUUAUUGUUUUGUCAUUUUUGAGGCACAAAUAUCAACCCCAGCGAUCGCUAACCUUAAAAAUUUGUCUGCAAGAAUGGUAAUAAUAAACAUUAAUGUCCAUACCAGUAGGAAUCAUGCUGGCCAAUCACAGGUUAGCUGAUUACACGUGAUCCUGUUGGCGCCUCUCUUCUACUUGAGGCUCUCUAGUAAAUCCUGGUAGGUGGAACGCGAAGAAUAGCGGUAUCGAGACAGAGUAUUAUCGUAAUGUCGUCCGGCUGGCUAGAUCGAUCAACUCUACGAGGUUUAUUCUUCGUGUUUUAUCCACCGGCAGAUACCUCACAGGAGAGCCGACACUGAGAGAUAGUGACUUUCGAGCUUGGUUUCGAUGAUCGUCUCAAAGAUAUACCGUGCGUUAGAUGACGGACUGAUUAGGAUUUAAGCGAGUUCCUAGAUUAGGAGGAUUGUGUAUUUCGCUACUUGAAAAGUUAUUCGAAGACGUGAAUUAUCGCAUGCCGUACUUGAUAGUGAUCGCGAUGUGAAUAUGUGUAGCUAGCAUUUUUUUUACGAUUUAUUUGGUAUGUGUUAUCAGAUUCGUCAAAAGUUAAUUGAUAGUAUGUCGCAUUCGUGUUAGACUGACAACUGAAGAAGAUUAAUACUCCGAUGAAGAGAACGAAAGAGGUAUAAACUCUCUGUGGCAGCACAUCAAUAGAAGAAGAAGAACUCGAAGAAGAAAAUAAGAAGAAAUUCUCGAUCUUGUUCCUAUAAAUCGGACAGAUUGUCGCGAUCGGUUUCCUCUAUCAGGAAACGAUGAUAAUAAUCGUUCUUGUUAAUCGUUGCGAAGCAUUAUUCGUUAAACAUUCAAUUUGUGUUCUUAAUUUGUGUCGCUUCGUUUAAACGCGAGUGCGAGUGUGUGUGCAGUGCAUGCGCGAGACGCGAAAAAUGGUUUUGGGUGUAAAAAUCUCGAAAGAUAUAUACGAUCGAUGAGAAGACGAAAAGUGAAAACAAUUUCUGGUAUAAAUACUAUUUAAGGGCUGUUCCUAGGUUGUAUCAUUAAUGACAACAGGGUCGGAUUUAGCUGUUCGUCGCUUAUAGACAUAUGAAUAGUGCCUGUAAAUCAGGACUUUUUAAGAGUACACAAAAUUAAAAAUUAUCCUAACUGUAACUUAUUAAA